GAGCUCUCUUGCAUUCACUCACUCACUCACUCACAGCAGCCUGAAGCCGCUCCGGCGAAGCAGUGCGCACCUAACAACUCAUCCUCACCGAGUUGGAGGGCCACACUUGGAGCAGAGAAACACUCGACAUCCACCGGAGAAACAAAGAGACAAGAUGUCGACCUACGUGUCCUCUGAAUGCCGCCGGGUCAGCCCUUCUGUCCACGGCAACAAGUUUGACACGGCGCACCGCAAGAAGGCCGUGGCCAACAUCUUCGAGAAUGUCAAUCAGGACUCCCUGAUGAGACUCUUCCAGAAAACCGGCGACAUGAAGGCGGAGGAGAGAGUGAGGAGCAUCUUCUCCUACACCCAGGACCCGGAGGAGACGGCCCGGGCCCUGAUGGCUCUGAAGCAGCGAAAGAAGGACAAGUUCCUCCAGAUCGCCGGCAUGGUCCGACAGCUGCUCAAACUGCGUUGACUGUCUCUCUCUGUCGGCUCUUGUAUGAGCCGAAUGUGAAAACACUCCCGUUGUGAUUGGGCUGCCGCCGCCGCCGCAGGUACGGCUCACCUGUCGCCUGGAAAUGUGCGGAGGUGAAUGUGCAGCCGGCCGCCUGGAGGGCAAACAUGCAGCAGCUGUCACCUCAUGGACGGAGGUGACAGUGGAGAGUCCCGCCAUGAGCGGAUGGAGCAAGAAGAACAGAGUGGGAAUAUGAAGGGCAUACACGUCUUCCCUGAGACUUGAAUUCAUGAAUGCAUUCCUGUGGAUGCGUGACUGUGAAGCAGCACCUUGUACAAGUGCACACCACCGCGUUGAUGCUGGUGUAAAGCUGCAAAAUGAGACUUUCUAGUGCCGAAGAACCUACAUAAAUGCCUGUCCUGAACACAUGCCUUGUCUUUCAGCUUAACUGUGUAACAUGAACACUGUCAUUAGUGGCCACUAAUGUGUUUUGUCACUAACAUGUUAUAACAUGAUGAUUUGCAUUUAUGAUAUGUUCCUUUGUUUGUCAUUUUUAAAAUAAAUUAUUGCAUUGUAUACUAAAGAUGAA